UCUUCCGGAUUUCCUAGCGUGACCGACGUUUCGUGUCUGUUUAGACUUAAAAUGCGUUACGUGGCCGCUUACCUCCUUGCUGCGCUCGGUGGAAACACCAGCCCCACUGCAAAGGACAUCAAGGCCAUCUUGGGCAGCGUGGGAAUUGAGGCUGAUGACGAACGCUUAAACAAGGUCAUCAGUGAGCUGAAUGGGAAAGACAUCAAUGAAGUGGUGAACUCAGGCCUCUCUAAGUUAGCCUCCGUACCAGCAGGUGGUGCUGUGGCGGCUCCUGCCGCUGCAGGUGGGGCCACUGGGGCUGGGGCUGCGCCUGCUGCUGCGGAAGAGAAAAAGGAAGAGAAGAAAGAGGAAUCUGAAGAGUCAGACGAAGACAUGGGCUUUGGACUCUUUGACUAAUCUGCCUUCUCUGUGUGUAAAAAGCAAUAAAAAUGUAAAAGGUUUACACUCAUAAAA